GCUCCCUAAUUAUUCUCAUCAUCACGGGGUUUUCUUCUACUUCUGCGAGGUCUAGCCCGCCUCGUAGAAACAAGAAAACCCGUUUAUCUCUAACUCUUUUCUUUCUCAUCAACACUAGCAAGAAGAAUCUAUCUUAUUGCUUUUAUCAGAAUUUUUUCUUAGCUUUUGAGAGGGUGGUUUGUGAAUUAGCUUUGUGAAAAAAUUAUGGAGUUGCAUGAUUCUAGAGUGAAUUCUGCCAUGGCCAAGAGGCUAUGGAAUGUGCUUAGAGUCUCUUUCUUCAUGAUAAGGAAGGGGAUCAUGUCCAAGAGGAAGUUGAUCAUGGACAUGAACAUGAUGAUGAAGAGAGGGAAGCUCAUGAGGAAAACCCUAAACAACCUCCUCUUCCACCACUCCAAGGCCAUGGCGCGCGGUGGCUCUGCCCUACAGGAAUACGAGUUCUCAUGCAGCAACAGCCCCAACCCUGUUUUUUUCCGCGUGCCAACACGGAACAAGCACCACUUUUUCCCAUGCAUCAACCCUCCCCAGGUCAUAGAAGAAGAGGAAGAUCAAGAAGACGAUCGUGAAAAGGAGGCUAAAGCCGUUGUCUUGAUGCCCAAGACCCCGGAGUACGACUUCAGCUUCCACUUCGGCGCCCGCGGUGAACGCGUCAACAUGGAGGAUGAGAAGCUGAGCCCUCUGCUGCUAUCUCCAUUCGCCGUGAGGGUCUCGAACUAUUCAUCGGAAGAUGAAGAUGAAGAUGAAGAAGAAGGUGGCAACUAUAGCGGAAGGGUCGAUGACGAGGCCGAGGAGUUCAUCAGGAGGUUCCGUGAGCAACUGGGAAUGCAAAGUCGGAUGCAACUUCUGCAGUAUUAAGUGAACCUGGUGCCACAUCUUGAAGAAUCAAAUUAGCAGUUAACCCCGAAAGGGGCAUGCCACUGUUCAUUCGCCUUAUCUGGUUCGCUUCGGGUCGAGAUUAUGGAGAUGAAGAUGGCUAUCACUUCAUGAAGAUCAAACCUCCAAAUCCCAACUACCGAAAUAGCGAUGAUAUAUAUUACACGGCCUUUCUAUGUACACCGUGAAUCGGUCGCGUCGUGCUUGUAGAUCUCUCGAGUUCUAUUCUUUCCCUCCUAUGUAAAACGGUCUUAUUAGAAUAUGGACGAUGCUAGGUGGCCUAUCAUAAUAACGCCAUAUGCUUGCAGCU